UCUUCAUGUGACGUGUGGUAUCGGUUAUCCCGAUGCUGCCAUUAUACUGUUCAGUUGUUAUAAGGUCGAUAGAACGAUUAGUCGUCCUUUAACAUCUCUUACCAGGCCCUAUUUAAGAGACAUGGGUCGCACUCAACAUCUCUUUUUUCUGGCGCUGGCCUUGCAUGCAAUGGCCGCAAGUGGUUUCGCCAACCUCGGAGAAGACGCUGCAAUUCUAAAACCAACUUACAAUAUCGACGAUGAAACGGAGCUGAUGGAGCCCCAGAUCGUUGCGGAACCCCAAAAUGGAAGCAAAUGGUGGUACACUCCAUCGCGGAAAGCUCACAUAUACAAACAUCGUUUCAAUAAGGCGAUCAAACAACUGGAAGAGCAACAUAAUAAUGAAAAGACCAACAAACAAGGCGAAGACAUGCGAUUGCCCGGUGACAUUAUUCCUAUCUCGUACGACGUCCGCAUGUUGCCAUUCGUUGAGCUCAUCGAAUCCGGAAACUACACAACCGAAGGCUCCGUCGUGAUCGUCGUCGAAUGCGUCAGAUCCACCGCAAACAUUUCAAUUAACAGCGCCGAACUUGUCAUUCGUUGGGGCACUGUAUCGAUCGUGGACAUGCAAACAAACAGCCCAUUGGCGGUGGUCGGUUAUGUCGACGAGCAAUCAACUCGUGAAAUCAUAACUAUUCAAACGGCCUCAAUGCUUGAAGCGGGUAAACGAUACACGAUCUCUAUGACCUUCACGUCGACUCUCAACGACGAUCUGCGUGGGUUUUACCGCUCCUCUUACAUGGAAGAAGGCGUUAGGAAGUGGUUAGCUGUAACCCAGUUCGAGGCGACGGAUGCACGACGAGCCUUUCCCUGUUUUGAUGAGCCGAGUAUGAAGGCAAAUUUUACAAUUGCAUUAGGACGUAAAAGUGCGAUGUCUUCUGUUAGUAACAUGGAGCAGAUUAACAGUGGGCCUGUCACCGAUUUACCGGGAUACAAUUGGGAUUCCUUUGCACCGUCGGUUAAGAUGUCGUCCUAUUUGGUGGCCUUCUUAGUAUCUGAUUUUAUCAAUAUUUCGGCCAAGCCAGGGGUCAGCAAUGUCCAGUUUCGUAUCUGGGCUCGGGCAAAUGCUAGAAAUCUUACAACGUACGCCAUCGAUAUUGGACCGAGAAUUCUAGAAUACUUUGAAAGUUAUUUCAACAUAGACUAUCCGCUAGCCAAACAAGAUAUGGCAGCCAUUCCCGACUUUGCAGCUGGGGCCAUGGAGAACUGGGGUCUGAUCACCUACAGAGAGUCCGAUUUAUUGAUUGACACCGAGACGGCCAGUGCUCGUCAAAAACAACGCGUUGCUAUCGUGAGUGCCCAUGAGUUGGCUCAUCAGUGGUUUGGCGACCUUGUUACCAUGGAGUGGUGGAACGCAAUCUGGUUGAACGAAGGUUUCGCCAGCUACAUGGAAUUCAUCGGCACGGAUUCGGUUGAACCCGAUUUCAAAAUGAACGACCAAUUUGUUGUCGAAAAUUUACAAUACGUUUUUGUAAUCGAUGCGUUGGAGACGUCUCGACCCAUCAACAUCGAAGUGAACACACCUGCGGAGAUCUCAUCACUUUUUGAUGCCAUUUCUUAUGAAAAAGGGUCCUGCGUCGUUCGCAUGUGCGCCGAUAUGCUGGGCAUUGAUGCAUUUAAACGAGGACUUACACGCUACCUCAACAACAACGCUUAUGGCAAUGCCCAGCAGGACGAUCUUUGGCAAGCGAUGCAAGAACAGGCUGAUGAGGAAAACAUCGUUUUACCUGCUAGCGUCAAAGAGAUCAUGGACACCUGGACUUACAAAAUGGGCUAUCCCGUCAUCAAGGUGACGCGAGACUAUGCAUCAGGAGGCGCGCAAGUUACCCAAGAAAGGUUUUUGCUGAGGAAAAUGAAUACAACGGAGAUUGACCCAACAGUUUACCAGUGGUGGGUGCCCCUCACUUACACGAAUGCUGGACUUGAGCCUUCCCAAAAGGUGUCUGAAUGGCUUUCGAAAGACGACGUUAGCAUGUCGUUGAACGAUCUGGGAGCAGAUGCCGAUCAAUGGGUCAUUUUCAACGUCGACCAACAAAACUAUUACCGCGUUGCGUAUGAUGGCACCAAUUACGACCUUCUCACCGCCCAGCUUAUGGCCGAUCACGAACGAAUUGUUCCAAACAAUCGAGCACAGCUUUUGGACGACACUUUCGUUCUGGCGUCAGUGGACAUUGUUCCAUACAAAAAUGCUCUGGAUUUGUCGUUGUAUCUUGCUCAAGAAAAGGAGUACGUACCAUGGAACGCUGUCCUCGCCGAAUUCAACUAUAUCGAUUCUAUGCUGCACAAUAAAGCACAGUUCCCAGAUUGGACGAUUCACAUGACAAAUAUAGUGACUCCAUAUUACAAUCAUGUUGGGUUCCAAGAAUCGGAUACGGAUGCACAGCUCACCAUUUACGCUCGUACAGAUGCCAUGAGUUGGGCGUGUAGACUUAAGAUUGCUGAUUGCGUCGAUAACUCAAAAGCCAAAUACGCAGAACUGAUGAACGACCCAGACAACAGCCGGAUCUUGUCGCCCAACCAAAAGAGCGUCAUUCUAAGGACAGGCGUGGAAAACGGUGGCAAAUCAGAAUGGGAUUUUGCUUUUGAUCAGUACAAGAGCAAAUACGACACUUCUUUCCUGAUCGCCGCCACUUGCAGCAGAGAAAGUAGCCGUCUCUACAAUUUACUAGAGAUGAUGUUGGACAGCGCAUCUGGUAUCCGUCUCAACGAUGUCAACACUUUGUUUAAAAACGUUGCCUCGAACCCGCUGGGUAAUCUUAUUGCUACUGAUUUCCUUGUCAACCGUUGGUAUGACAUUGAACACUCAUGGUUGGGCACUGAUUACUUUGUCAACUUCUUCCGUUACGUUUGCGACCGCCAGAACACGCAGACCCAGUUGGACAGAUUGCUGAAAUUACGUACUGAUCACUUCGACAUCCUUGGAAAUUCGAACACUGUACAACAAGGUAUCGACAUUAUCGUAGAGAACAUCAAGUGGAUGGAGCUGCAUCAAGAAGAGAUUGGAACUUGGUUAGUGGAUCCAUCAAUAACAGAACCACCUCCAACUACCACUACUACGACACCUUCAACAACUACAUCUUCGACGACUUCGACUACGACACCUUCAACAAGUACAUCUUCGACGACUUCGACUACCACACCUUCAACAACAACAUCUUCGACAACUACGACUACCACACCUUCGACUAGUACCACGACUACUUCUACGACUACUACACCAGCUCCUACGACACCGUCGGCUGGCUACAGAUUUACAAAAAUGGAUUUCACAUCGAUUUUUGCCGUUGUUUUACUAGCGAAAUUCUUGGUACACUAAGUAAGCUUUAUAGUUCUAAGCAUCAUUUUCUGGCACAACGCAUUAAGUCGCCAUGCUGAAGUAGAAUUCGAACAGGUUUAGGUUGAAAUGUCUUUUAGCAUUAACAUAUGUGAUGUUUUUAAUUAAAGAUGUUCUUCUUGCCAAUAAAAAUAAUCACCAGAA